GACAGUACACAAUGUCCACGCGCGCCGAUUGCUAGAUCGUACGUAACUGGUGUACAGCUGGAGAUAUCGUACGAUAUGUAUAGCUUGUACAGAGCUUGGUUCGGUGACAGCGUUACGCCAGACAAUUAUUCGCGGCUCCAAGAGACGUUGUCGCCACCGGACACGGUGGUGAGAGUCGGGAACGAAGGUGAGCACCAGUUUGUCGCUCACAAGGGUGUUCUGGCUGCUCACAGCGGCUAUUUGAAAGCUCUGCUGACUAGCGCGUCGGCAACACCUCCCAGUCAAGGUGUUAACGCGAAUGUCACGUCGUGCGGUAACAUGCCGGCAACUGCCAUCGCGGUAACCACUACCAAUUUGUCGGGGCAAUCAACGCGGCAGCCUGUCACGUCUGUCUCGGUUUCGUCCAUUGGUGGUGAAGCGUUCGCGCCUUUGUUGAACUACAUGUACACGGGUAGACUGGAAGUGACACUGGACAACGUGUACAGCGUGCUAUUGGCCACGCAUUUGCUGCACAUGCCGGGUGCACUGGAGCAAUGCAGGGCUGCGUUGCUCAGGCUGAGGGCACCGCCGCCAUUGCCGACCCCGAUCCCGGUGCCGGUGCCAGCGCCACCGACAUCCACGUUGACAUCGACCUCGAUGCCCACGUCGACGCCAGGCUCCGGCAACAUACUCAGGCCAAUACCGAACAGGCUGAUGAUAGAUCCGAGUAUGUGCUGGCCACCGACAGCGUCUCUUUAUUCAUCGGCCGCGCCGGGAGCAGCAGCAGCAGCAGCAGCAGCAGCAGCAGCAGUCUCCUCGUCCAUCGGUAUCCCGCAUUUGCCCCAGCUGCAGCCGUCGGUGCUCAUGCAAUCGACCGUCCCGCUCGGCGUUUCCGUCGUCCCGACCUCGAACGUCCAAGAAAGCACCCAGAGCUCGACGGCUUAUAGAGAAGUCUCAUCGCCGAAGUCGUCGCUGUUCCAAAUCGAGCGGAGCCGGGGCCUGAGAGUGGAGGCUAGGCCACAGUCGCCGGAGAACGUGUCCUCCAGUUCUCUCCCCUUCGUGGCCGCAGCGACAGCCGCGUUCACCGCGUUCACCGCGUCGAACGUCGCCGCGUCGACGAGAACGUCGUCACCAUGUCGGUCGAUUUCGCCCGCCUCGUCCUCCGUCGCCUCUCAAUCGCCGGUGCCUCAGUCGACGUGCCAAAGCAAGAAACAACCGCUGAUGGAACAACAGCAACGGCGUCAGUCCUCUAAGGAAGAACGCGAGUACGAACGGCCACGCUCGGGCAACAACCAAGGAGGGGAAACACGGUCGUCGCCAUUGACACCUGUGGCCGAUGACGGGAUCACGACGAACAGGAAUCACGAGAGGAUCGACGUGAUCGAGUCGACGUCGAUCGGCGAGAACGAUCGCGGAAGAUCCUGCAGGCGAAGAGGACGCGGUCAAAACACUAGCGGGAACAGCAACGACAGUUCCUCGAACGUUCUGUCGGUGGUGUACGACAUAGCCUGUUGCGACGGCCCGGUGAAGUUUCACCGGGUGUUGAACGAGAAUUACUCGUCGUCGACAGCGUCUUGCGCGUCCGGUGGUACCGCGGCGGCACAGUCGCGUGUGCAGAGGCCCUGUUUCGAGCCGGAGGAUCUCACAUCCGGCGAGAACGACGAGAACGGCGGGCCGACGGUGGCUGUCCGAGCUCCGACUCGGUGCGACCAGAUCGAGUCGGGGAUGGACACGGACAACAGCAACGGCAGCUACACCUGCGGCUACUGCAGGCACACGUUCAAGUCGCAGUACUGUUACAGAAAGCACACCAAGAGGCAUCUGCUGCCGACGAGGGCCGCCGACUCGAUCGGCAACCGGCAGAGGCAGGACACCGCACGAAGCAGGAGGGAGGUCAGGCUGUUGGACCUGAACGUUCAGUAUUAUCCGUGCAAGAUCUGCGGAUGCAAGUUCCCCAGCUAUUAUUUCGUCCACAAGCACAGGAAACUGUGCCACGCGAAUGCCACCGAGGAGAGGACGCAAUCCGACGAAGCCAAUAGCACGGCCAACGAGGAUCAAGAAUCGACCACCUCGACGACCAACAACGAGAAAAAGUGAACGUCUCAUCGAGGUAGAUAGCCGUGCGAGAGAUAGAUAACUGACGAUAUCAUCGAGCGAAGAUAUCUCGAUAGAUUCGUCAUCGAUUCGGCCGAAUUUGUUUUUCAGAAGACGAGAACGGAGAAAGAAGAGUAUAUAAAUAUUUACUUUCGAUGAAGCUGAACGGAGACGGACGGCGAUUAACAUAUCAAGCGAUUUGGCUGGCUAGUUGCGUUUUAUAGAGAUCAGACGUGAAUUCAGUAAUGAAAAGCCAAACGAAUGGAUGACGCUGACGCGUUAGCUAUCGGCAUUUCGUUUGAAUAGUACAGUUUGAAAACACGACGUUAAACAAGUGGGAAUAACAAGUGAACAGAAAAAGUAGGAGUAAAGCUUAGAAUGACGUUAUUAACAGUCGGCGUUCUAUUAGAUAAAUAUUGUAAAAUGUAACGCGGUUAAUAAUGAUAGAUGAUAAUUCGAGUAAAUUCAUCGGUGGUUUAACGUCUUUAACAAUCGUGUGUGAAGUAGCUUUUCUAUUAAUCGGUCUCCCUCUGUCAGAAUCCUUUUUUCAUUUGGAAAUUAUCAAUUGUUGACGUGUUAAGUUUUAUUAUCAAAUAUUAUAAGCAAUAUUUACUGUAUAAUUACAUUAUGCUGUACCUACAAACAUAUGUAACAUAUGUUGUAAUAAUAAUAAU